AUGUCGCCUAUAAUACUGGGGCCCGCAGCGCACGGCUACGACUACUACUCGGUGGCGAACGGCCUGGCAGCGCUUCAAGUUCAAGGCGGGCGCUGGUGGUGGAGGCGCUGUUUCGUGGGGCUGGCGUGUGGUCGGCCUCAAGGGAUACGGCUACGGCAUCGGCUCGGGCGGCUACGGCCACGCCCAGUCCCAAGUUCGCCCGACACCGCGGCGACUAUCUACGUGCAGGCCUACGACCGGGGACGACUACCAGCUGCCGCGCCCGCGCCGCGCCCGGGCCUGGCACCCUACCGCGCGCGCACCGGCCCCGCCGCGUACGCCGCCCCCGCGCAAGCACGAGGCCGCGGGGGUGACGGCCCGCGCGGGCGAGCAACCCAACACGCUGCAGUGGUUCCUCAAAGGACUUUCUACUUCUUACAUUCAACACUGGCUCGACCAUUACCGCGUCUGCUGCAGCUUCAGCAGCUGAUGUCACAUGUGUGUCACGUUUCAGCUGCUACAAUUACUUCUUCACUGCCUUUUCGCCGAACCAAAACCUUAACUCCUUGUAAUGCAGGUAUAAAUUUGCCUUCAACAACGUGUCCUCUGUCGGCAUUAAAUACCACUGCCCGCUCAGUGCAAUCUGAAGGACCCACAAGGUUCAGACGUGGUGGUGUGAACAACAGAGCACUUGCUGAGGGGACAAAGAUUCUGACCAACAUGGCCACGUUUCAUAUUCUUUUUAAAUGGAAUGGAAUAUCAGAAACAUCUAGCUGUAGUACAAAAGUGACUGAUAAAAAACUGAAGAAGAAAAUGAACACAAAUGGCAAAGAUUACACUCCAAAGCCUUUGGUGGAAGGUGAACCCGUUUCAUUAGAUGAAACUGUUCCACCAGUUGAAGCCAUAUUUGGCGGUCUCUCUGUGUCUGGCAUUUCUUCCUUGUUUAUGGGAAGCGGGGGAUUGAAAUCCAAGAUACAGGCUAGUACUGCGUUCGGUGGUUCUCGUGAUUUAUCGAUUUCUCAGAUGGUAGAAACCAGUUUGCAUGAUCCUGCCGAAUUACUCAAAGUAGAUAGUAAAUUCUCUCUUGUGGAACCAAAAGAAAAAGUCCCGUCACAAUUCCUGCUUCCCAAAUUCCCAUAUUUAAAAUCCCCUCCUGUUCCUAAGAAGCUGCUUGUUCCUCUUACAGAAACUCCGACCUUGUUCCAUUUUGAGCUCCGCAGUUCGACCGAGCCGACGGGGUCGGCGCCGGGGGCGGAAGUGAAGCAGAUUAACGAGCGUUACCUGCGGCGCCUGGAAGAGGCGAAAAACUCGGUGACGAAGAAAUCGUCUGAUAUGGAAACACAGACACCGGUGAUCUUUAUGAGAAAUCAGAAGACACUGGCCCAGCGCUGCGAGAGGAGUAAUAACGAAGCCAACGUUACGACGUACGACAUUUACAAAACGCACAAAUUACUAAAAAAGAUGAAGAAAUCCUGGGCGUCAGCUAAAAUCGUUCAGGAUCCCAUGAAGAUGAAGUUGAAGAAGAAGGACAAGGACAAGGAAGACGGAGGCUACAACGAGAGUCUUACUUCAGAAGGUGGUCCGUCAGGAGAAAGUUCUUUUGUGAGUGCGAAAACUAUCUUUUUGACUUGUGGAGCUGACUUCUGUAUAAGAAUUUGGCAGGAUGGAAUAGGAGAUCCACUAUUUUCUCUUUCUUUGACUGGAUCCCGAGACCCGGUUCUCGACGCAACCUGGAGCCCCGUCAAUGCUAACAUCAUCGCGAGUAUCAGCGGCUCGCAGAUUCACAUAUGGGACAUCAGUCGCAAAAUAUCGGCUCCAGUCUCAACCACCGAUUCGCCCACUCCAAUUACACCUACCCCCCGAUUGUCCACCGUUCGGUUCGAGAAGUCUGGUCGUAAUUUGGUGGUUGGUGAUAUUCGAGGCAGAAUACAUCUCUUCGCUUUGAAGGAGAUGCCCUUUUCACCCUUCUUUCAAGAAGAGGCUCUAGUUCGCUCUGUGACCAAGGCACUUGCCACGAGGCCUGAUUUGUAUAAAGAACUACGAAAAAAUUAUCCCUUGUUUGAAGAGCUUGCAGAGACCAAGAAGUACAACAGUCGUUUGAAUGAGGAACAUGUUCGUUAG